CCUGCACCGAAACCCACCGGAACCACCGCUGUGCUUUUCCGUGCCAUGCACAAGAGCGGCGGUGUGGCUCGUGCUGCCGGCAGCACUUUGCUGAAGUCCAAGGAGCAGAAGCGUGAUGCGCGAGAUGAAGCCUUGGAAGCUUUGGAGCAGGAGGUGGAGUCCCUUCGGCAGGCGGUACAGCAGGAGCAUGGCGAGAUCGCAGGGCUGUCGGCCAGCUUGGGUGAGCUGUUCAUGCGGAACAGUUGCGAGGAGUACCUUUUGCAACUGGAGAGACGGAUCCAGGUCAUUGAGAACCGAAACGUUGAGGUGGUCCAUUGGAGGAUCGAACAUGCGGAACAAGUCCGCUCGCAACAUCAGAAGGGUGAGUUUCUGCCGUCUCCCGAGUUCUCUGCGGGGGGCCUGGGUGGCUUCCGCUUCCACUUUUACCCCAGAGGCGACGUUUUUUGCGAGGAAGGCUAUUGCUCUUUGUACCUUCACCUUCCACCAGACACCAAGGUGUCACGCACCCUCUUCGUGGGCCGCGCGAGACAUGGGCCAUCAGAGGCGGAUUCCCUGAAGAACUGCGGUGUCUCGGAGAUGUGCGUCUUGUCCAACCAAAUCGACAAGGACACCGGCAGCGUGGUGAUAGGCGUGGAGAAUCUGCAGGUCUUGAGCUCGCCCCAUGUGGCCGAAACCAGGACCAAGCUGCAGUUGCUGACAUGAAAUCUCACGCGGCUGCUUGGCGGCCAUCGCAUGUGAUACGUAUAGUCAGCCCUAAAUAUGUAUUUUUCCCUAGGAGCAAUCAGUGGCAAAGUGGUUUGCGGUGGUGCAGUGCAAUGGUUGCAGGUGGUUGAAAUCCAUUCCAAAGACGUGUUGCCAUGUUUGGUGAUUUCCUUCAGCACUUCAGCAUGUAGGUGUGAGUGGAUGUGUGUGCUUGUGUCAGGAUGCAGCGCAUGCCGGAUAGAUGAGGAAUUGCCACCUCAUUAAACGAGCCUCGAGGAUCUUCCAAAUGUCACCUGGGUAGUGCCAGAUGCUGAGGACGUCAGCUGAGGAUGGCGGAGGACGUCCCUGAGGUGGUCGCCCACCGGGUGUGCCGGUCUGCCAAAGUCCGGAUUGCCCAUGGAUUGCCCAAUCGCCCCCCUCCCACGACACCAGAAGUUCCCGCAUGGGGCUCUAUCUCUAUAUAGAGUUCUCUAUAUAAGUUCCCACCAGAAGUUCUCUAUCUCUAUUUGCAUGAAUGGCACCGGAAGUUCCC